GUAAAUGACGUCAUUGUUUCAAAGGGAUUCCAAGAUGGCUGCCCUGUUUGGACCGAACCCUUUCUCAACACCAGUAGGACAAAGAAUAGAAAAAGCUACCGAUGGGAACUUGCCAUCCGAAGACUGGGCUGCGAAUAUUGAAAUUUGUGACAUAAUCAAUGAGACCGAGGACGGCCCUAAAGAUGCUGCUAAAGCCAUCCGGAAGAGACUGGCUGGAAAUAAAAACUCUAAAAGUGUUCUCCUGACUUUGACGGUACUUGAGACUUGUGUUAAAAAUUGUGGUCAUAGAUUCCAUCUGUUUAUUGCAAAAAAGGAUUUCCUUGAUGAACUUGUAAAAAUUUUAAGUCCUAAGACUAAUCCACCUCAGAUUGUCCGGGAAAAGAUACUCUCUCUUAUCCAAGACUGGGCGGAUGCCUUCCGAGGAUCUCCUGAACUGACUAAUGUGAUCGAGACUUAUGAAUCUCUCAGAGCUCAAGGUUUGGAGUUUCCAGCCAAAAAUCUAGACACCUUGUCUCCUAUCUACACACCACAAAGGCCUCCUGUGCCACAGCUAGUCCAAUCUAUGCGUCCAAUGCAAGCACCUAGUGGUCCUGUGGUUCCCACACCUGAGCAGCUUGGAAAAAUAAGCUCAGAAAUUGACAUUGUGAAUGGAAAUAUAAAUGUUAUGUCAGAAAUGUUAACAGAAAUGACACCUGGACAGGAAGAAGCAGGAGAUUUGCAGCUCUUACAAGAAUUGAACAGAACUUGUCGUGCCAUGCAGCAGCGAGUUCUGGAGCUGAUUGAGAGAGUAGCAAAUGAAGAAGUAGUUGGUAUGCUUUUGAGUGUUAAUGAUGAUCUCAACAAUGUGUUUAUUCGAUACGACCGGUAUGAGAGGUUUCGACAAGCAGUACAUCAGCAGAGUCAGCCGUCAGAAGCUCCCCCUACACCCCCAAGACCUGCUCCAGUGGAACCUUUACCAGUUCAGACUGGUAGAACAACAACAGCCUGGCCAGAAAAUUCACACAGAUUGCCAGGUACAAUUGAACCAUCUCAACCGCAACCUCCAGCAGCGGUGCCAGCUUCAGCAGCAGUUCGACCAGUUUCUUGCGGACCGAGCCGCUGCAGGCGGUAUGCGGAGUGGUAGCGUAAAGGGAGGCAGUAACCGUCCCAAACAGAGACAGAUGCAAAUGGAAAACCAGGCGGAUGAUGAAAUGUUCGGCUUAUGAUUCAACUGUGAAAAUACUUUCUUUUUUCAGACUAUAACCUUGGUUUUGAAACGUUCUUCUGCUGUAAAAGAGCUCUACAAACGGAUUAUGAACGUCUGUUUUGAGACGAGGAUUUUAGUUAUUGACAUUUUUGUCAAAGAAUUACUGUAAUGGCACGCAACGUUUCAGUCGAUGAAAGAUUGCGUUAGAACACCACAAACGACUUCGAAAUAUGACUUAAAAGAGACAAAGUCGUAAUGAAAUGGACGUCAGUAGGAAGCACGAGGAAAGAAGGACAUAAGAAAUGAGAAUUUUGGUAAAUUGGUGAAUAUGACUUAAGAUAUUCUCUAGUUUCAGGUGGGCAGAUUUGGCCACGUGACGCAUUUAGACCAAUUUCCCGCUAGAAAAUAUAUUUGAUAUGUUUUUUUUUUUUUUAAGCAUAUUGAUACUGUAAGAAGAAAGAAGAUGAUAGGCAGUUUUGGGAAUUCAAGAGAUGCACUGAUCGUCAAAUUCAUGAAAUAUCAGAUUUAAAGUGAAAACGUGGCCUUGCCUUUUGUUGAAAAAAAAUUAAGAUAAUUGAUGCAACCAUAAUUAGAAUAGUUUUCAAGUCAUAUUCAUUAUAACAUAUUGACAGCAGAAAUCGUGAGGUGUGAUCCUGUUCCUUCACAAUUAUUGAUCGGUCUCGUCUCGCAAUCCCGUCACCCAACGCGACUCGCGUGGAUAUAGCGUGUCAUAUUGCGUGACUAAACGACGCUUGUGAAAGAAACCUCUGCGAUCGUUUGUUAUAAUGUAGUAUUGAUCGUUCAGUGUUCUGUUUAAGUCUCUUUGAAAAAUUUGAGCAAUGUAUGAUAUGAUUAUAGACAAACACCAGGAUUCUUUACGAUCGAACUUUAAUUUUUAUCUUAGAACGUGUUAUCAAAUAAGAAAGAAUUGGUGAAACGCUUGAGGAAUUGUAGUAAAAAUGUGCACGUUUCAGACAUGAUCCUGUGAAACAAAAA